AUGGGCCUUCUCGGAUCACUCUUCGGAGGAAGCGGCAAGCGCGAGUACAGUGACCUCAAGGCCGGCACGUGGGCGGCCGAGGCAGCGGAGUACGCCAAGGAGGGACAGGUGAAGUCAGUCUCUAAGGCCGGACACUCUAUCGCCACCUUUGGAGGAGGAUGCUUCUGGGGGAUCGAGCUGGUGUACCAGAGAGUCCCUGGAGUUGUGGCGACAGCCGUUGGCUAUGCUCAAGGAGAGCUUGAGCACCCUUCCUACGAGAUGGUCUGCACCGGAGCCACUGGACAUACUGAGGUAGUUCAGCUCACCUACAAUCCCAAGGAAGUCUCCUUCAAGCAGCUCUGCCAGGUUCUCUUCGGCAAGAUCAACCCUUCACUCAAGGACCAGGUGGGCAAUGAUCGCGGCAGCCAGUACCGCCAUGGCAUCUACUUUCAUACUCCCGAGCAGAAGGCCGAGGCUGAAGAGGCUAUCCAGGAGGUGAAGGCCAAGCUCAACGGAGCUCCCUUCUACACCGAGCUGGAGGCCGCUAAAGUCUUCUAUCCAGCUGAGGAGUAUCACCAGCAGUACCUUGAGAAGGGAGGACGCUUUGGCUCCAAGCAGUCUGCCGCUAAGGGAUGCAACGACCCCAUCCGUUGCUACGGUUAA